ACAUCGUUACCAGGUGCUGCCAGAGGUACGCAAUUUUCUCCAGGUAUUAUCUUUGUGUCGCGUCUUCAACUCCUCUAUGGCCGUCCCCUCCUCACCCGACGACAAUAACCACCUACACAAAGAGCUUCAGCCUUUCUACGAAACCUGCCAGCCGGGAAGCCUGUACAAGUUUUAUAUUGGCAUUGCCGAUGAAGCUGAGGAGGGAGUGUGGGUAAAUAUUAAUAGCCAGAAACAGAUAGUGUAUGAUAACUUUAGGGCCUCUCAUCCCCGCGGCGGGAGGAUCCAUAACUGCGGUCACAUCUUUCCUGGCGGUGAUUGGAGCGACACUUCCUGUGCCACUGAGCUUUGUGGCACUUGUCAUGUCGAUCGAUCAGAGUUCCUAUACCUCCGUGGAUUAUGCUUUCCCACGGAACAAAAGAUGUACUUCCGUCUAGGUGGAUAUAUAGAGGGCCGACCUUUGUUUCGUGGAUAUUUUGAUCUCAUCAUUUUGUGGGAGGACAUCUCUCUGCGCUGGUUACUGAAGAGUAUUGAAAACAAUGUAACAAUGGCAUGGUUUUCACCUCAUGAGCGUCAUCAUUACCCGAUCGGUCGACACACCUGGACAACGGGUGACCUGGUGUGUGGUUUCCAUUCAGGAACUGACAUCGCUCUCAGCCUGUCUUCCUGCCCACACGACAUGUUUACCUGUAAAUCCGGCUUCUGUCUCGACCAACGUUACCGCUGUAACUUCCGCUAUGAGUGUCUCGACGGGAGUGACGAAGAUGACUGUGGCGUAGUUGUGAUAGAUAGCAGCUAUCGUCGUCACCUGCCACCUCGAGGUCCACAGGACACGACCCUCUUACUCACGCCAACCCUCACGCUCACUCGCAUCGCCGGAAUUGAUGACAUCAGCAUGGCGGUGGACCUGGAGUUCAUAGUGAGCCCAACGUGGAGAGACGACCGACUUAGUUUUAACCAUCUACACCCCAAUACAAACACAUUGAUCCUAGAGGAAGAAGUUAAACAGAUAUGGACGCCUAAGUACCAAUUGGUAAACCUGGAAGGUGGACAAUACGAACUGCUGGAUGAAACGAUGGUCGUCACUACUUCAAACUUGCCCAGCUUACCUGACUUCAACGCUGCCAAAAGAGACUUCGUUUAUCCAGGGGCAUCCAACAAUCUCUCAAUCAUCCACCAGUACACGGCGAGAUUCACUUGUGCAUUUGAUCUUUACGUGUACCCCUUCGACGUGCAGGUGUGUAGCAUUGACCUCCGCCUUCCAUGGACCUACAACGAUAUUGUUGAAUUCUCAAGGACAGGAGGUGUUGGGUCUUACACAGGACAGAGAGACUUGUCCCUCUAUACUGUAAAAAAUGUCAGGUUGAAUUCGGAGUCUGGACCUGACCAACUGAGCUUAAAGUUUGAGCUGCACCGUCGCGGGGGUCUGGUUCUUCUGUCCACCUUCGUGCCGUCGGUGCUGCUGCUGCUGGUGAGCUGGGCGACGCUCUUCGUCAAGCAAGAGGCUCUCAAUGUCCGAGCCAUAAUGUCACUCACCACACUGUUAGUGCUGUACACACUCUUCUCUAACCUCUCCAGCUCCAUGCCUAACACUGCCGCCAUUAAGCUCAUCGAUAUCUGGUUCUUCUUAAUCAUCUUACUCCUCUUCUUUAACAUCAUGGUACACAUAUUCGUGGAGUUCCUUGUACAUCGGUGUUCUCAGAGUACUGAAGGAGCUCCGGAGACAAUAAAAGUUUCUCCUUUCGGGAGGGUGUUUGUACAACGGGAGACUUCCACAGCCAGAGUUGAGAGAAUCGUAUCUACCUACAGGACAUACAUAUUUCCUCCUACUUUUCUUAUAUCUACUGUUACUUUGGGAGUGAUGAUGUUCCUUAUAUAAUUGAUGUCUCGUGCCUUAUGAUAUUCUCUUCAUUGUUAUUUCUUUAUAUUAAUUAAUUUUAUUUAGAUAUCAAUCUCCGGCUGAGUGCAAAGGGGGCUAAUGUCCAAAAAAAUGUGAAUGGUAGAAGCAAGUCUAAAGUGUUAACAGAGAGGGGACAUUACGUAUAGUAUAAACUUAAUUAAACGUCUAGUAGUCUCUCCAUACUACAUAUAUUUUUCAAAUUUUUAGUUACUUCAGUUAUAGUGAAUAGUAUGCUGUCAGGUGAUAAGUACACCAAUUCCGCAACCUUUACAGAGCCACCAGCAAUGACAGAUAAUGUUCCUGGCGCCAUACUAAGUCAGAGUAACAACUACUAGAGAGUUUUCGAGUCAAAUAUGAAAGAAGAAAUCUCGCCUGCCCUGGUAUUAUGAAGUAACUUUCUCCUAGUGUUCUUUUAUUUUAGCAAAAAAAAUAUAUAUAUGUUCUAAAGACUUUUGGCAACACCUUAUGGAUUAUUUUUGAACUACCGGAACCUAGUGAUCGCAGGAUGGAUUUAGUUAUAGUUGUUAAGCUCGAAAACAAUUACCUGAAAGUCGAAAAUUUUCAUAAAUAACCUUCAAAGUCUAUAAUGAUAAUCUGCUGGCGACUGUAGUGGCUGCCAUGUUGUAUUUCUUAUGAACUAGGCAGGCAGCGGUGGCCUCACUAGUCCUGCGUCGACUGAUAGUAGCAAAACACAGUACAUUUAUUGUGAUAUAUUUCAAAUGUAUGUUUUUCUGUUACUCAAUAAAUGUAUCGAG